AUGCCUACCACCAGCCGCUCCCUCAAUUUCGGCAGUAACUAUGCAAUCCUCAACCUGGACUGGAUGGCAAUGCUCAUCAACUCAAUCAAAGACGUACCCGAGGGUCAAGCUAUGAUUGCGAAUUGCACCAAGUGGAACGACGCCGUGCAUCUCAAAAUUCCUCGCCCUCUAACCAUUUUCUCUACUCUUUCCUUUAGCCCUAAUCAGGCUGAGGCUGCGCCAGACUCGCCGUUUGCCAGACUGAUUGCCCCUUUUGGAGACUUUACACAGGGUACUUCUCCGGUACAGAUUUAUGAUACUUUUACGGUCGAUGAAAAAGAUGUCGUUGUACAGAAGACUCGAUGGGCUGCUACAACCGGGAGUGCAUUGGAGCAAAUACUGAAAGCGCAAAAUAUCAGGGCAGUUGUUAUUUCCGGUUUGAGUCUAUCCGGUGUUGUAAUGUCUACUAUUUACCGCUUGUUCGAUCUGGAUUACGAGGUCUACGUGAUUAGGGAUAACGUGUUGGAAUUGCCUGUUGACCAGACCGAAUCAGUCGCUAAAGUGAUGCUUGAUAUUCUUCUUCCUAAGAUGGGAUUUCAUGUCAUUACGCUUGCUGAGGCUUUGCACGCACUGGAUCAUUCUUGA